AUGAAGAGGAGUAUAAAAUAGCAACAUCAGCUCUAAUUAAAAUAACUGUAUUGUAAAUAGAAAAUGAACAUCUAAACUGAAGUUGAUGACACACGUAACACAAAGCCAGUAAAUAAAUAUUGUAAAGUCUAGAUUUCUUUAAAUUAUUCUCCUUUAAAUAAGAUAGAUCAGAGUGUAUUUUCUAAUAGAUGGAAAAUCAACAAAGGAUUAUUGGGUAAUAGAACAAAUAGAAUGUUAACUUAACAAUAAUCAGAUUCAGAGAAUGAAUUUCCAAAUUAAUUGAAAUUAAUAUAACUAUCUCAAAAAAGUUAGGUAUAAACAAAAAGAUCAAUUUCGAACAAAAGAAAUAAUAGUAUUGGAGAUUAUAAUUAAUCUCCUAAUACUUAAAAUAGAUCAUCAUUAUAUACAAGUUAAAAAUAAAGAUCGUAUUCUAUUCAACAAUAAUAACAAUCAUAAAGAUAACAAUAAUAAUCUUUAUUUUAGUCUAUUGGAAUUAAAUAGAAUCAAGCAAAUGAUGCAAAAUCAUUUAUUUAAUAAUUUGAAUUAACUAUAGAGGAAUGGGAUAAAUUUGGAAAUAGAUUCCCUUUAGGAUUUCAAAGAGAGAAACUAUUGGGAAGAGGAGGUUUUUCAUUGAUUUGGUUAGCUAAAGAAUAAAAAGGUGGUUAAUUAUGUGCUGUAAAAUAGAUCCCAAAAAAAUCUAAACAUGAAACUCAUUUUAAAGAAUUAGCAUUUUGCACUUAAUUUUUUAAUAAAGGAGGUUAAAUAAAGAGUUAAUAUUAGUAAAAUGAAGGAAUUAAAUAUCUUUGUAAAAUGUUAGAUUAUGUUAUUGAUCCUCAAGAUGUAUUUAUAAUGUAUGAAGUAUGUGGAUUUUCAUUGGGCACUUAAUUGUAUGACUUUGAGUCUCUCAAUAAUAGUUAUAAGGUAUAAUAAGAAUACAUGGUAGUUAAUUCCAUAGAAAUUAAGUCUGCUCUUUAAGUAGUUUCCUGUCUUUUUAUUAAAGUUUAUAAAAAGAAUUACCUAAACUAUAGAAUUGUUAGUCAAAACUGGUUGGGUCCAUAGUGAUAUUAAAAGUGAAAACAUUCUAAUCUCUUAUGGAUAACAAGAUGUUGAAUUCAAAAUUAUAGAUUAUGGUUCAUCUUUCAAAUUUGUAGAAGUCUUUGAAAAGUUCUCUAUGGCAACACCUGAAUAUAUGUCCCCUGAAAUGUUAACAUUUAUUCUAAGAGAGAAUUAAAUGUCUUAUGAUAAUCAAUUAAUUGAAUCACUUGUUAAUUAUGAUAAAUCUUGGGUUAUAGAUAUUUGGGGAUUGGGAUGUGUAGUCUUAGAAAUCAUUUCAGGAUUACCAUUAUGGAUGAGUUAUGAUACACAAGUAAUCAAUUAUAAAGGUCAGAAACUCAUGGCAUAAGGUUUAUUUGCUGUUACUGGUAGGAGUUUUAGUAAAAUUGUUGAAAAAUAAAUUAAAAUACUAACAAAUUUAGAGUUUGUAUUGAGAGAAUAAAAUUAUUCUGGUAUUUAAGUUACACCUUUAUUAAUUUAAUUAUUAAAAGGAAUGUUAGCCAUCAAUCCGAAAUAAAGAUAUUCACCUUAAUAAAUAUUGAAUUUACUUUAAGAUAUCUGA